AUGAUGGAACAAAUAGCACCGCUGCCGCUGCGCUCUGCCCAUGCCGCCCAAGCUGUGCUCGGCGCCGCCGCGUUUGCAUCGUGCGACGGCGCCUUGAGCCCGCUCCUCGCCGUGGGCUGCCGCCAUGGACGCCUCGACUUUACCCUCCUCUUUGAACACGCCGCGUUUGCCAUUGUGCCUUCGGCCAUUUUCAUUCUGGCCGCCCUGGUUUGCAUCCUGCGGCUUUGGGGCCGCAAGCCCAAAGUGUACGCGACGCGCCGAUAUUACCUGAAAAUGGCAAUCUCAUUGGCAUUGGUCGCUGUCAAAGUCGUCCUGCUCGCCCAGUGGAUUCGACUGCGCGCGGGCCUGCCCGGCAGCACGCUCUCCGUUGUCGCCGCAGCCGUCAACGUUGCCGACGCCGUCCUCCUCGCUCUCCUCGCAAACCUGAGCCACAUGCGCUCCAUCGCACCAUCCAACCUCAUCAUUGGCUUCACCUUUUUUUCCGCUCUACUCGAUGGCCUCCGAUGCCGCACGAUGCUCCUGGUCGACGAGCUGGCCCCGCUGGCUUCCCUGUUUGCGACGGGCGUCGUGGCCAAGACCCUUCUCUUUGCGCUCGAGGCGCACAGUAAGCGGGACGUCAUGGUGGAGGACUGGAAGGCGCUCGGCGCCGAGGAGACGUCGAGCAUCGUCGGCCGGCUGUUCCUGUGGUGGGUGAAUCCGCUCCUGCAGAUUGGCAACGCCUCCUUUUUGGACCCGGACGACCUGCCGCGGCUCAAGCCGGAGCAGAGAGCGCGCGCCUUGCUGCCCAAGAUGCUGCAAAAUUGGGAAAAGUACAAAGGAAGGGGAAAGUACGCGCUGGCUUUCAUGGUCCUCAACAGCUGCCGGUCCACUGUAUUGGCGGCCGCGAUCCCGCGUCUCUUUCUCUCUUUUUUCAAGAUGCUUGUUCCGCUCUACAUCAAAGCCGUCAUCGAGUACGCGACGCGCCAGGACCGCGACACGCACGUGGACAAGGGCACCGGCUACGCCCUGAUUGUUGGCGCCGUCUUCCUCUUCUUUGGACGGCUGGUGAUUGUCAAUGCCUACGAGCAGGCCAAGGGCCGCAUGCGCAUCAUGAUGCGCACAUCCAUGGUGGCUACGAUUCUGCACUACGGCGCGCAAAUGGAACCCGGCGAGAAGAAGGGUUCGGCGGCCCUGACCCUCAUCACCGUCGACGUCGGCCGCGUCACGGCCUCCUUCUUCUUCCUUCACGACUUUUGGAUUGCCCCGGUCGAGACGGCCUUUGCCUUUUGGCUGCUGGCCGGCCAGGUGGGCUGGGGCUUCCUCGGCCCGCUCCUCACCAUCUUCGUCGGCGCGGCCGUGUCGGGCGUGUGCGGGCUGUACGUGCCCGACGCCCAGAAAAAGGUCAACGAGGCCAUUGAGAAGCGCAUCGGCGACACGACCACGGUACUGGGCCACAUGAAGGAGACCAAGAUGCUGGGCCUGGUGGACUCGUGGUUUGCCGCCAUUCAAAGGCUGAUGGAUGUCGAAAUUCGCGAGUCGCUGGUGUUUCGGCGACUCAUGACGGUGCUGAAUGUCAGCAGCAAGGUGCCCGAGAGUCUGGCGCCGCCCCUCACCUUUGGCAUUGCUAUUCUCGCCACCAAGGCGGGCGAGCGGCUGUCCAUUGCCGAGGCCUUUACCGCCAUGAGCAUCAUGGGCCUCAUCAUCGGUCCCAUUUCCAUGAUGGCCCACAUGUACCCCUUCAUCAUUGCUGCUCUGCCGUGCUUCGUCCGUAUUCAGGAAUUCCUGCAAAUUUGCAGCGAGUACGAGGCCCGCGUGGCACUCGUCGGCUCCUCGGCCGAGCUGUCCACGGCCGAUGAUCUGCUCCCUGGCUUCGGGGAACCCGUGUUUUCCAUGACAAACGCCAGCAUCACGGCAAGGUCUAAAGAAGAGCCCUUGAUCAAAGAUGCAAGUCUGGCGAUUCUGCCAAAAACAUUCAACGUCGUCGCCGGCAAGGUCGGCUCUGGAAAGUCGGUGCUCUUGCAGGCGCUCCUGGGACAGCUCAGCAUCAGCGGCGAGGCCAAGAUUCGCACCUCGAAUGUUGCCUACUGCGCCCAGCAGCCGUGGAUUACGAGCGGAACUGCAAAGGACAACAUUGUGUGCAAAUCGGAGCCGGAUGAAGCUUGGUAUCGGACCGUUGUGACGGCCUGUGGCCUAGACAGGGACUUUGAAGACUUUCCGCAGGGCGACGCCACGGCCGUUGGAACCAAGGGCGUUGCCCUAAGCGGUGGACAGAAGCAGCGCAUCUCGCUGGCGCGCGCUCUCUUCUCUCGCAAACCCAUCGUCUUUGUGGACGACGUGCUCAGCGGCCUCGAUUGGGCCACCCAGCGUUUUGUCUGGGACCAAGUCUUUGGGCCAGCUGGACUCCUGCGGAAGAAUGGCAUCACUGUUGUUCUUGCCACCCAUGCGCUUCACUUGAUAGAUCAACCCGACAGUGUGACGCUUGUCGGAGACGACGGUCCUGGAUCGCUCAUCCAAGGCACACUGGACGAGCUCAAGGAGAAGACGAAAAUUCAAGACUUGAUUGCCACGAGCCACAGUUCUGCCGACAACGACAAUACAACCACCAGCAGUGCAAGCUCGCAAAAAGGCGGCGCGGACCAGACCGCCAGUGUCAACGACGAGGAAAAGACCAGAGACCUGGUUCGAAAGACGGGCGACAUGACCCUGUACUCGUACUACCUCGGCAUGGUCGGUCGCAAGCUGGCCGUCAUUGCCUGCUUUACCGCGAUGUUGUCGGCGACGUGGCCCGUCCUGCCCACCCUGUGGCUCAAAUGGUGGACCGAGGCCAACGAGUCGCCCGCGCCCAUCAACACGGCCUACUACUACUCCGUGUACGUGUUUGUCAACGUCAUGGAAAUUAUCAUCAUGCUCGGCACCUUUUACAUUGCCCUCAUCUACGUGGCGCCGACGGGGCUCCGCAAGAUUCACACCCGGCUGUUGCAAGCCACCAUGAGCGCGCCGCUGUCCUUCUUCGUGGCCACGCCGCCGGGUGAUUUGGUCAAUCGCUUCAGCAGGGACAUGGAGCAGGUCGAUCUAGACCUCCCGCUAAACUUGGUGUUUACGUUCAUGUCCGUCAUCUGGUUGAUGGCGCUGAUGGGGCUGAUCCUCGUCGGCUCGCUGUACAUGAGCGUCAUUAUCCUGCCCAUGAUGCUCUUUGUGUACAUGCUCCAAAAAUACUACCUGCAGACGUCGCGACAGCUGCGGUACCUAGACCUGCAGUCCUCUGCGCCGGUGAACACGCACAUCAUCGAAAUGAUUGACGGCGUGGCCACGGUGCAGGCGUACGGCUGGGAGUCGCACUACCAGGCCACGGGCAUGGACCUGCUGGACGAGACGAUGCGGCCCAACUACAUGCUGCGUAUCAUCCAGCUCUGGCUGGAGCUCGUGCUGGACGUCUUUGUCGCGUUUGUCUGCGUCCUGCUCAUUGCCAUUUGCAUUUCCAUCCCGUCCUCGACGAGCCCGGGCUCCCUCGGCGUCGCGUUGACCAACAUCACCAGCCUCGGCGACUCACUAGCGUGGCUGGUCCUCAGCUUCACGAGCACCGAGACGGCGCUGGGCUCGGUGGAGCGCAUCCGCAGCUUCGAGACCAAGACGCCACAGGAGGCGCCGCCGGCGCGCCCGACGCGCGUGCCGCCGACGUGGCCGUCCAAGGGCGCAGUCCGCUUCACGGCCGUCAAGGCGUCGUACCCGCCCAAGGGCAGUAACCCGGCGUUCCGCGCGCUCAACGGCAUCGACGUGGACAUUCGGCCGGGGCAAAAGGUGGCCAUUUGCGGGCGCACGGGCAGCGGUAAGUCAUCGCUGCUGCUCGCGCUGUUCCGGCUGCUGGAUCUGGAGUCGGGUUCCAUUACGAUUGACGGCAUCGACAUUGCCGACGUUGCGCAGAAUGUGCUCCGGCCGCGGUUGAUUUCCGUGCCGCAGGAGCCGAUGCUGCUACCCGGCACCCUGCGCUCCAACCUCGUGCGCCACCAGCGUGAGAGUGGCGACGAGGUGGACGACGACGACGCGCUCAUCCAACACCUCAAGACGGUGGCGCUCUGGGAUGUCGUGGAGAGCCAGGGGGGUCUGGGCGGCGACGUGGCGGACCUAAAGCUCUCGCAGGGCCAGAAGCAACUGGUGUGCAUGGCGCGCGCGCUGGCGAGCCGGGACGAGAGCUCGAUCCUGGUGCUGGACGAGGCCAUGAGCACUGUGGACAGGCAGACGGAGGAGCACAUGGUGCGGAUCCUGGAAGAGCACUUUGCCGAGCACACGGUGAUUUCGGUCGUGCAUCGGCUGAACACGGUGGAAAAGUUUGACACGGUGCUGCUUCUCGAUGCGGGCGAGGUGGUGGAGGUUGGCGCGCCCGAGGAGCUGCUACGCAGAGAGAAUGGACGGUUUAGAGCGCUGUGGCAUGGCAAGGAAGCGUAA